AUGGCUGUAUCUGCUUUUAUUCGUUGUUCACACUUUCGACGUUUAGUCGGCGUAAGCAACAAUGCUGUUGCCUUAUUUCCAGAUUCCGUGUGGUAUUCGAAUCUUAUUAAAUCACAAUCUUAUGCAACAUCUAUCAGUGAAAUCAAAGAUACAACUGAAACUAAUACGAAGAAACCUGAGAAAAAAAUAAGCAAAGCUAUGUCAAUGUAUUUGCAACGUGCAAAAGAAUAUGAUGAAUUCAUGAAGAAAGAGAUCUUAGAAUAUGAGAUAGGGAAAAGACAUCUGGCUAAUAUGAUGGGCGAAGAUCCAGAAUGUUUUAAGCGAGCAGAUAUAAAUAGAUCAAUCCAAUAUUUAUUUCCAUCGGGACUAUUUGAUCGUAAAGCUCGGCCAAUAAUGGAACAUCCAGAAAAGAUUUUUCCAAGCAGGAAAGCAGCAGAAUUUGAUGAAACUGGAAGACCCUUCCAUUCUAUGUUUUAUACUUCAAAGCCAAAUUAUUAUGAGACACUAUAUAAUAUUGUUGAUAAUAUCAAGUCUCUGAAUGAUAUUGAAGAUUCAUUGAUAAAGGAAGGAACAUUGCCUAUGGACAGAAUCGAUCUAAUAGGUUCCUCCUGGUUGUCAAAAAAUGCUGUUGAAAAACUAUUUCUUGAAAGUAUUAACGAUUUUGAGUACAACUAUCUUAUUACAUCAUUAGAACGACUAAGAGAGCAUCCACUAUCAAGACGUGCAACAGAUUUCAUUUUAAAAUAUUGUAAAACAUAUAAUACCCAUUCUAAGAAGACAACAGUACUACCUUUGGAACAUGACAGCACAGGAAGGCCGUAUGUCACAGUCAAAAAUUGCAUGAGGAAGUCUACAAGAGGUGAAGUAACAAUUUGGGGUAAUGGCUCUGGUCAGAUUGUCAUUAAUGGACGCAACAUCACAUACUUUGAAGAUAUGACGCAUCGCGAACAGGUGAGUUAUUCCUUGCUUAAAUCCUCGUAA